GGUAUCGAUUGGAAAUGUGUGCGUUACAUGAUUGCGGAAAUUCAGUACGGUGGUCGGGUCACGGAUGAUUUUGAUCUCCGCCUAUUGAUCACCAUCACACGAACCUAUUUCCAAGAACGUAUGUUCACACCGGAAUUCGAGCUCAGUGCAAACUAUCCGAUACCGCGAUUUACCACCCCGGGUGAAUAUUUGGCCUAUAUCAGUCAGGAUUUGCCUCAACGAGAUAGUCCCGAGGCGUUGGGUUUGCAUUCGAAUGCGGAGAUCACCUAUUCGGCUCAAACAACCAGUUACAUCCUGUCCACCAUCGUUUCCAUUCAACCAAAAGAAUCAGCCGCCGAUUCCGGGGAUGAUAGCGGUGCGAGCGGAGGCAAACCGGUCGUGGUCGAGACCAGGGAAGCGAUUGUGCAUCAGGUGGAUCGUAUUAACAAAGUGAUCAUUUUGGUCGGCAGCAUAUUGAACGAUUUAAAACUGGCCAUCGACGGGACAGUGGUGAUGAAUGACGUGCUGAAAGAUGCUUUGGAUUGCAUAUUUGACGCACGUGUCCCGUCAGUCUGGACUCGGAGUUCCUGGGAUUCGACAACACUCGGAUUUUGGUACACGGAACUGAUCGAGCGAAACGCGCAGUUCAGUUCAUGGCUUGAGAAUGGACGUCCCAUCUGUUUCUGGAUGACUGGAUUUUUCAAUCCACAAGGUUUUCUCACUGCUAUGCGUCAGGAAGUGAGUCGUAUGCAUGAGGGCUGGUCUUUGGACAGUGUGAUUUUGGCCAGCAAAAUGACUCGAGCCAAUGCGGAAGAUUUGAAAGAGCCCCCGUCUGAGGGUGGUGUCUAUGUGUACGGUCUGUUCCUCGAGGGAGCCGCAUGGGAUCGACGCAGUUCGCGGUUAGUGGAACCGAAACCGAAAAUCCUUUACGAUUCUAUGGCCGUAUUGAACAUUUUCGCUGUCCAAGAAUCUCAAGGCGGUAAACGACCGGGUGGAGGUGGUGGUGGAUCCGCCGGUAGCGAGCCGAAGGGUGACGCGCCUAGACAAGUGUACUCAUGCCCAAUCUAUAGGAAGCCGAGACGAACCGAUCGCACAUACGUGGCCAGUGUGGAUUUGGGCUGUACAAAAACCGCGGAUCAUUGGAUCAUGCGCGGUGUGGCUAUACUCUGUGAUAUCAAAUAA